UCGCCGCAACAUGCGACGAAAAUUUCAGUCUCGCACGUACUUCGAGAGCGUUUCAUCGUCGACGGGUCUCGACAGUUUUUCUUUCUUGUCGUAGCGCUUUUUACACGCGAUUUAUCGAUGAAAAAGCGCGUUUUUUUUUCUUUUAAUGAUUAUUGUUUUGGUUUUGUGGUUUAAAAGUGGACGCUGAUAUGCUGCUGAUUAAGAGUGUUGGAUAAACCAUUACUCUUUUUUGUUUGAUUCAAAAGAUGUUGACGACCGCUGUUGUACUUCCCCCAAUCAACCGAAACCGCAAGUGACCAUCAUGCGCCUGAAAAAUUUCACCCAAAAACCGUUUAUCUGUCUCUGUUUCUUAGUUCAGGUUACGUUGGCCCAACAAAAUGUUUACAACAACAAUUUCAAAAACAACCAGAGAACUUAUUCGAAAAAGUACUAUGCGCCUAGUACCGCGAAACCGCCCAAUAACCUAACCAAAAAACCCUUAUUUCCCAAUUUAGACAAUAUCAAAAGUAGAAUAGCUAAGUUAGAUAGUGCUCGUGGUCCAAGUGCUAGUAACAGUGAUAUUAGGUAUAAACAACAACAACAACAACAACAACCGAUACAAACGUUUUUUACGCCAUUACCUAAAUUACGGCACCACGGUUGGUCGAAUAGGAGACACACCACCUCGACCACGACCACCUUAAGUCCCUUUGACGAAGACAUCUUUAAUAACUAUGGUGACUUAGAGGAGGAACCAAGUGCAAGUAGUGUCAACGACUUGAAAUAUGCAAUUUCAAAUAAGAAAAGUGCCAAUUCUAUUGCCGGUGGUAGUACUAAAGUUCGUCAUUAUGGUAGGAGUCGUACCAGCACAACCACCACAAAUCAUUACGAUUUGUUUGAUGAUAGUCAUUUUGAUGACGAGGAUGAUGAUGAGGAAGAUUUGGAUGAACCGGAAGACGACGACGAUUACCAAGCGAUUUUCGAUAGUAUUCAGGCUGAAGAACCCUCGAUUUCGGUUACGGAACCAUCCAGACUAGUGUUAAAUUAUCAAGAGUCCAGUUUAACUGCAGAAAAGUGGGACAAACUGGGAACUGCCUCGAAGGUGCAAAAGGCCAGAAAUGACUAUUAUAAAAUUGAUCAAACGAAACAACUGCGUGAUCACGUGAGACGAAUAAACCAAUCGGGAAUGUGUAAAAAGCCGGUGCCGAAAGUUGUGCAGGUUUACACUGAACAUCCGGAUCCGUCUGUUCGGUAUUUUCCUGAAUGUACCCUUUUACAUCGAUGUGCCGAAGAUACUGGAUGUUGUCGGUCCGAUAGUACUUGCCAGUACAAAACUAGAGAGGAGGUUACACUUUAUUUCUAUGUGAAACCUCUUGGAGCCGGAGAGUACAUGACCACCAAUUUGACGUUUUUCAACCAUACCGAGUGCCAAUGCAGAUCCAGGAAGUCCCUGGAGUCAACUACCACCACUGAACGAAUAAAACGUGUUGCUGAUCAUUUGAACGAGGUGGAUAAUCUUGAAGUUAGUCUCAAUAAUUCACCGGAAAUGUUAACCAAGUGUAAAUGUCCCAAACACUUCAUCCCAAAACUAAAGUCCGAUUCGACUUGUUACUGUGACUGCGACAUAAUCAACAAAGCCUGUUUAAUGAUGAAGAAAGGGAAAGAGCAUCUGAGUUAUUCCGAUAGAGUGUGUAUAUUAAAUGGGGAGUGUCAAACAGUGGCGUGCCAGUACGGCUCUUAUAACAAUGAAGUCGGAAAAUGUCCUACUUUCGAAGAAUCUUGAUGAGCAGACAAGAAUAUACAUAUAAUUAUUAAGUCUAAAUUGGUAUAAUAUUUGUAACAUAUUUCUGUUUGUGAUUUAAGUGCUGUAGAAUAGACUGUAGAAGGUUCUUUUUGUAUUGUAUUGUAACUUAUUGAAUUAUGGUAAAUUAUUUAUUUUUUUAUCGAGUGCUUACGAGAAAAUGUUAGAUGCUUUUUUUUACUAUAUAGAGUAUGCAAUGCAUUAACCUGCGUCAAUUUGUCUAUUAAGUAUUAUCUUUUUUUUUUAUUCAAUAAAUUAAUCGUGGUUUUACGACAAAAUUAAGAGUG